CCACUCCUUUGCCUGCUGACGGGCCAGGUGCUCCCUCCCUCUUCCCUCCUCCCUCCCCUGGGCCCUGCUCCCUGCCCUCCUGGGCAGCCAGGGCAGCAAGGACGGCACCAAGGGAGCUACCCCAUGGACAGGGCCCCACAGAGACACCACCGAACAUCUCGGGAGCUGCUGACUGCAAAGAAGACCCAUACCUCGCAAAUCGAGGUGAUCCCUUGCAAGAUCUGUGGGGACAAGUCAUCUGGGAUCCACUACGGGGUUAUCACUUGUGAGGGGUGUAAGGGCUUCUUCCGCCGCAGCCAGCAAUGUCACGUGACCUACUCCUGCACCCGGCAGCAGAACUGCCCCAUAGACCGAACCAGCCGCAACCGAUGCCAGCACUGCCGCCUGCAGAAGUGCCUGGCUCUGGGCAUGUCCCGAGACGCUGUCAAGUUCGGCCGGAUGUCCAAGAAGCAGAGGGACAGUCUGAAUGCGGAAGUGCAAAAGCAACUGCAGCAGCAGCAGCAGCAGCAGGAACAAGUGGCGAAGGCUCCUCCCGCAGGGGGUCAUGGGGCAGAUACACCCACAUACACUUUAGGGCUCCCAGAUGGGCAACUACCACUGGGCGCCUCACCUGACCUACCUGAGGCCUCUGCUUGUCCCCCUGGCCUCCUGAGAGCCUCAGGCUCUGGGCCGCCGCCAUAUUCCAACACCUUGGCCAAACCAGAGGUCCAAGGGGCCUCCUGCCACCUUGAGUAUAGCCCAGAGCGAAGCAAAGCUGAAGGCAGAGAUAGCAUCUAUAGCACAGACAGACAGCUUACUCCUGGAAGACGAGGACUUCAUUUUGAGGGACCCAAGCAUCCUGAGCUUGGGGAACCAGAGCAGGGUCCAGACAAGCACUGCAGCCCCGGUUUCUACAGAGCCCCAGAGGCACCGUAUGCCUCCCUGACAGACAUAGAGUACCUGGCACAGAAUGUCUGCAAGUCCUACCGAGAGACAUGCCAGCUGCGACUGGAGGACCUGCUGCGGCAGCGCACCAACCUCUUCUCGCGGGAGGAGGUGACUAGCUACCAGAGGAAGUCUAUGUGGGAGAUGUGGGAGCGCUGUGCCCACCACCUCACUGAGGCCAUUCAGUACGUGGUGGAGUUUGCCAAGCGGCUGUCCGGCUUCAUGGAGCUCUGCCAGAAUGACCAGAUCAUACUACUGAAAGCAGGAGCGAUGGAAGUCGUGCUGGUCAGAAUGUGCCGGGCCUACAACGCUGACAACCAUACAGUCUUUUUUGAAGGCAAAUAUGGUGGCGUGGAGCUGUUCCGAGCUUUGGGCUGCAGCGAGCUCAUCGGCUCCAUAUUCGACUUUUCCCACUUCCUCAGUGCCUUGUGUUUUUCCGAGGAUGAGAUUGCGCUGUACACUGCCCUGGUUCUCGUCAACGCCAACCGUCCUGGCCUCCAAGAGAAGAGGAGAGUGGAGCAUCUGCAGUACAAUUUGGAACUGGCCUUCCAUCACCAUCUCUGCAAGACUCAUCGCCAAGGCCUCCUAGCCAAGCUGCCACCCAAGGGGACGCUCCGGAGCCUGUGCAGCCAACAUGUGGAAAAGCUGCAGGUCUUCCAGCACCUCCACCCCAUCGUGGUCCAAGCCGCCUUCCCCCCACUCUAUAAGGAGCUCUUUAGCACUGAUGUCGAGUCCCCCGAGGGCCUCUCCAAGUGAUCUGAAGGAAGGACAACUGCCUGCUCCCUUCAGCGCGCUGGCUGGCCUCCCUGGACUCCGUUCUCGCAGCCUCUCCCU